AUGUUCGAGAAAAAGUUCAACAUUGAAGUACAAACUUUACAGCCUUUACGUGAGUUUCUUGCACAACUGAAGGAAGAAGGUAGUCGGCCACAACUUAUAGACUUUCAUUAUGAAUUUAAUGAAAAUGAAGAUGGAACUCAUGACUGUCAAUUCAUUGUAUUCUCACCAUUCAAUGAAGUCGCUAAAAAGAAAGAAAAUCCAUUACGUAUAAGAUUUCAAAUCUCCGAACCAAGUGAUGAUUUUAAGAAUGUUUUCAAUUAUGAUGCAAUGCUUCCGAGGAAAAAUGAAUUUUCAAAGAUUGUAACACCUGGCAUUUGGGAUAGAAAGCAAGCAAUACUUUACUCUAAUAUAGCCAAAGGCGUUGAAAAUGAGUUCAUUGGUCAUACAAGAACUUCACCACUUCCUAACCCUAAAUACUAUAAAUUAACUGGCUUCAAUCGUGAGUUUUGGAUAGACAUGUUCUCCACUCAUGACCAUAACUGCCCAGUGUUCUUACCUCCAGACCAUAAGGACUGUCUCUACAUUGAAGCACAACUCUUAAACUCUACCAUCGCAGUAUUGUAA